AACAACCUUACUGAAUGGUGCUACCUUGAUUUAAAUUGAUAUCGCUGUCGCGUAGAACUGUUUUAUCUUAUCUGUGAAGAGUGUAAACUUGGGGCAUACUUAGAACGCAGGACCAAGUUUACUCGUGCGAGGGGUUUGACUUGGAAAGAGUUUUAUUCCCAGAAGUCCCGUCGCGUUUUGUCUUCCCGAAAUUUAAAGACUUGUUAGUUGAUCUUUUUAUUUGAUUAUUUCAUCUUUCAUCUUUUUUUCUUCAUUUUUAAGUGUUGCUGCUUUACUUGACCAGUUAUUCAUUCACUUGUCAAUUUCUACCGGGAAUUAGACGCUAGCUAGUCUGUAAACUAGCAGAGUAGAGUGAAAAUGGGGUUACACCCGCUGGAGUUCAGUGAAUGUUACCUGGACAGUCCAGCUUUCAGAGAGAAAAUCAAAGCGCAUGAAGCCGAGUUGGACAAAACCAGCAGAUUUAUCAAAGAACUGUAUAAAGAUGGAAAGAAUCUCAUCAAUGCCAUAAAACAGCUUUCCUUGGCCCAGAGGAAGUUUGCUCAGUGCCUGGGUGAGUUUAAGUUUGAGUACAUCGGUGAUGCCAAAACUGACGAUGAGAAGUGCAUUGAUGAAUCUCUACAAGAGUUUUCCUCCUUUCUCAGAAACUUGGAAGACCAAAGGGAGCUGAUGAUGAGAAACAUCACAGAGACGCUGAUGAAGCCUUUAGAACAGUUUCGGAAAGAACAGCUUGGCUCAGCAAAGGCAGAGAGAAAGAGGUACGAGAAGGAAACUGAGAAAUACUAUAGCUCACUAGAGAAACUUUUGAACAUAUCAGCAAAGAAGAAGGAGCCACAAUUACAGGAGGCAGACGUGUCAGUGGAGGUGAUGAGACAUAAUUUUCAGGAAUCUUCUCUGGAGUAUGUGUGCAAGCUGCAGGAGAUACAAGAGAGGAAAAAGUUUGAGUGUGUUGAGCCUAUGCUGGCCUUCUUUCAGACUGUUUUUACUUUCUAUCAUCAGGGAUAUGAGUUGGCCGAAGAUUUUGACCAUUACAAAAAGGCACUUCAAAUCAAUAUCCAAAAUACACGGAGUCGUUUUGAGGGUGCCCGCUCUGAGGUGUACGAGUUAAUGAAUAGAAUCAAGGAGUCGCCGCAGGAGUAUCGACAGACCAGCCCGAUCAGCAGUGAGGGCUAUCUUUACAUACAGGAGAAACGACCUCCACCUUUCGGAUCCAGCUGGGUGAAACGAUAUUGCACUUUUGUCAAAAAACAGAAAAUUCUGCACAUGAUCACGUUUGACCAGAGAUCAGUGGGCAAGCUUGGUGAGACGGACUCUGUCACACUAAAGUCUUGUGUCCGCAAAACCACAGACAUGCUUGACAGGAGGUUCUGCCUAGACAUAGAAAUCACAGAUCGACCAGGCACAGUGUUGACUGUCCAGGCUGUCUCGGAAGAUGACUACAGAUUCUGGAUUCAUGCGAUGGGAGGAAAGGAGCCAAUGCAGUUUCUUAACAGGAUGCAAUCAAGAGAAAGAGGAAUUGAUGCCCAGCUGGAUGACUUGGGAAUAAACUUUGUAAAAAACUCAAUUAAUGCCAUUGAGUCCAGAGGUAUUAAUGAUCAGGGCCUAUACAGAGUGGUCGGGGUCAGUUCAAAAGUCCAGAAGCUUCUCAGUUUAAUGAUUGAUGAGAAGAGCAGUGAAGUAGAUUUAGCAACCAGUGAGGAAUGGGAUGUAAAAACAAUCACCAGUGCUUUAAAACUUUACCUGAGGAGCCUUCCAGAGCCUCUAAUGACAUACAAGCUGUAUAAGGAGUUCAUCGUCCCUGCAAAGAGUGGUAGUCCAGAAUCUAGAGUUAAGGCCAUUCACUGUCUGGUUCAUGAACUGCCAGAGAAGAACAGAUUAGUUCUCAGUCUGGUUACCAAGCAUCUCGCCAACGUUGCUGCCAAUAGUAAACAGAACCUUAUGACUGUGGCAAACCUGGGCGUGGUUUUUGGCCCCACACUCAUGAGACCGCAGGAAGAAACUGUGGCAGCCAUCAUGGACCUCAAGUUCCUGAACAUUGUGGUGGAAAUUCUUAUAGAACAACAUGAAAAGAUAUUUGGGGAUGCUCCGAGCAUCUCUCCAUCCUUGGCAACUAUGCCCCCCUCAGCUCCAACCACACAAUCUACGAUGCUCAGCCGACAGAAUCGGCCGCUUGCGAUGUACAACCCACAGGUGCUGGAUAUUCAAACAGUGUAUCCAUCCUCUGAGAGUCCAGUCCUGGCUAACGAUGAGACAUCGGUGUGCAGUAAUGAGUCGGUCUCCUCCCAGUCCUCUAACGCCUCUGGAACGCCCCCCGAGAAGUCUAAGAAUCCUCACAGCACCAUUAACAUGUCCCUACCAGAGAGAACUGGAGUAUGUACUGCCACAGCAUCAUGGAUGAUUUCUGCUUCCCUUGCCUCAUCUACACAGAUGAAACCUGGAUCGGUGGGAAUGGAGAAGAAUAAACCUGGGGAAAGUGUCACCCACAUGAAAGCAAAGGCUGUGUACCCCUGUGAGGCUGAACACGAUUCCGAACUCUCUUUUCAAGUUGGGGCAAUCUUCCACAACGUGACUCUCUCCAGGGAGCCCGGAUGGCUGGAGGGGGUGCUGGAGGGAAAGCGAGGACUCAUCCCUGAAAACUAUGUGGAAAUAUUGUAACUCAGUAAAUCCUUACACUGCUCUUUAUAUACAUGGUAUCCAUGGUGUUGGCUGUUUUACUAUCGUACUGCUCAUCACUCCUUUAGCCCUCUGCAUGGAGUAUAUACACUGUAUCUUAAACACAGAUGUUGCUCGCACAGGUGUUCAUUUAAAAUGUUAGCUAGGAUUUGUUAUAUACAUAUAAAAAGACUGCACUUUUAGUCCCACAAAAGAUUACUUAGAAUUUGGUAAUGCAAAUAUAGUUUUGCAUGGGGAGAUUAAAUGUCAUUGUGACUGUUGACUUGUUUUAAAUUGCAUGUGUCAUGAUUUUAGAAGAAUAAUUUUGAUUUUCUCAGUGCACACAAUAUCGUUUUAUUUCAUAUUAUCAAGUUGAUCUUAAAAUGCAUUUAAUUGGGCAUGUAAUGAUGUAUAAUUUCGAAAUAUCAGGAUAAUAUUGAGCACAAUAUUAUUACAGUACAGUAACCAUUAUCACUUUGAGAUAAUCAGUUUUCAUGGUUGGUUGGAACACCGGAGCGCUUACUAGACACAACCUUAGUGCUUAUCUCUUAUUAAAAUUGACAUGUGAUCAGUUAACCUUUAUCCCAAAGUUAUUUUGCAUGGCAUGUGUGACGCUGUUCAAGAACUCAAACAGAGCAAUUUCUUUAUUCGUAUUCCGCACAAAAGUGUUCAAGUUUUUAUGUUAAAGAAACAACUACCCUUGCGAUGACUUCAAAUGAAAUAUUGACAAGUCUAACAUCUGUGUUGUGUAUACAUAAUAAUUUCCUUCCCAAGACACUUGAAUGCCAAGCACUUGUGUCCUCUUAAGUGGUUAAAAGUUUUAAAGUUUGCCUCAUGCUUUUUGCCAAGGCUUAAACUGUGUUAAAUGAGAACAAAAGCUUUUGUUCCAAAAGUCUGUGUUUUUGACAGUGUAACUGCCAUAAUUUAAGAAUUUAAAACCUUUUUAAAGAUCUUGCCAUCAUUGUAAUUUUUUAAUGUUGGACCUCCUGUUGAUCGAUGUUAAAUAAAUAAAGCUGUUC